AUAGGAAAUCAAAUUUUAACUUCACUAUUUAAUUAUACCUAUGGUGUAGGUUGCUAUUUGUAAAAACGCAUUUAUUAGCUAAUAUAAGUAGUAUAUUUUCCUGCUAAGAAGCAAUCAAAACAUAAAUAACCUAAAACCACAAGAUGCGUCAAGCGCAUGGGAAACUCAAGCAGGUAGGUAUUUCCCCCUUGACAUGAUGUAACUUCCAUUGAGGAAUACUGGGUUUGUUGUAACCCCUAUAAAUAUAGCAUAAGUAACAUCUCAGCCUCAGUCUGUAAGAAGCAUGUGACUAGACAAAAUGGAAUUUGAAAAUAAAGUGAUAUUGGUGACUGGCGCGAGUUCCGGCAUCGGCAAAGCGACAGCACUCCUGUUUGCCGCGCGCGGCGCUCGGCUCGCGCUUGUGGGUCGGGACGAGGCGAAACUGCGCUCGGUCGCAGAGCAGUGUGCGAACCACCCGCUGCAACACCUGCACAUCGCGGCGAACUUGUCUACGGACGAGGGAUGCGAGAGGGUCGCUAAGCAAACUUUAGAGCAGUUUGGACGAUUGGACGUGCUUGUGAACUGCGCCGGCGUGGCAGCUAUCACGUCGUUGGAGACAGCGGACAUGGCGUCAUUCGACCGCGUGUUCGGAACGGUGGUCCGCGGCGCCUUCAACCUAACACGGUUGCUCGCGCCCGCGCUUAUUGCGGCGCGUGGUUCCAUCGUCAACGUGUCCAGCAUCGCCGCCACCAUGGUGCACGUUGGCAGUCUGCCCUAUGGGAUGGCAAAGGCGGCCCUCGACCACUUCACGCGUUUGAUCGCCCUCGAGUUAGCCCCCAAGGGUGUGAGAGUGAACACCGUUAGUCCAGGAAUCACAAACACACCUCUCCUUCAACGUUUAACCGGCCACUCUGACGAAGAGCACGCGGCAUUUCUCAAGAACAGCGAGGCGAGAAUCCCGAUGCGACAGACAUGCGAGCCGGUCGACGUGGCGCGUGUGAUUGCAUUCCUGGCUGGCGGGGACAGCCGGCUGGUCACCGGUGCCACCGUCAAAGUCGACGGCGGCCUGCAGCUCAUCGGCCUCGGAGAGAUGCUUAAGGACCAGAACGAGGAGAUGAGAAAGUGAACAUGGACGAACUCGACGAUAUAUUUUUUGCUGGACCUGGAGCCCAAUUUGAAAUUUUUAAUUUUUUACGUCAAAAUGAUUGUACUUAUUUUUGUUAUUAUUCGCGCGUGCAGUGCCCUCACACUUGUUCGUGGGUGAUUCUCUCGUUUCGUGCAGAUGUUGAGCUCGAAUCAAGGGUCAAUAUUAUAUUAGUUUAUACCAAGCUCAACCAGAGUAAACUUAUCCCAGAAAGAA